AUGGCCAAGAAUAAGCGUCGCGCCGCUGGGCGCACUUCACGUACCCCUUCGGGGGCUUAUCCUGGUGGUCCCGUUUCUUCCACCAUUUUAUUGCAAGUCCCAGGGGGUGGUAUCCCCUGGGCAUUCAUCGCUUUUCUUUUGGCUUCGGCCUCUUUGUUUGCCCUCGGGCUUAUUCUGGUCGUUUUGUCGGGCCGGAUGGAGGUGGUGUUUAACACCUACCUUUUAAACAACUGGGGAGAGCUGGACUGUGGGGUCGGGGGGGUGACGGUUGCCGGGGCUCGGAAGCCCUCAGGUCUUCUCCUCCGGGAGUUGACCUGGGUGGCACCGGCCUUUGGCAUCUCGAUCCUCCUUGCCUACUUCUUUCUCGCCGCUCUCUUCCUGCUCCGACAUACCAGUUUAAGCCAAUGGAUCUCCGGCGCUCUCGGUCUUUUAGCUUUCGCGGGAUCGAUCGUACUUAUCAUUUUCCGACAACUUCCGGCCUUGAUAAUUGUUGUUUUCGGCACCGCUGUUUGCAUUGUCUGGCAGAUUGUCUGGUUUGAUUCUAGGCAUUUUUCGAGAGUUGUAACGUUCGCCAUAUGCCAAAUUCGACCGUGGACGUUGAUCGCGCUUAGCUUCAUUGCCAGCCUUGUGACAGCACUCUUGUACGCCGGUUAUCUCCUUGUCCUUUAUAAUCUUCGACGUAUAUGGGAUGUUUCUGCUCCAUCAUGUACGAAAGAUCGGAAUUUGUACACCCCGCGAUUCAUAGCUGCAAUUAUACUACUCUCUGCUACGACAUAUUGGAUCACGCAUGUUGUCUCAUCGUUCGGACAUGUACUCGGGGCCCUUUUUACGAAGAAUCACGUACUUUUAAAUAUCCAGAGCGACUCCAGACAUUCAAACAUUCGAAGGACGGCAGUUCAGACGACACUCCGCUUAACUUACAGCAGCGUAUGCUUUGGUGCGGGACUUUUAUCCUUCUCGGUGUUUUUGAAAGAUCUGGGAAUGGCUUCAGGGCAAAAUAUAUCGCUCACUCCAGAUUCAAGUCUUCAUUCUACAACUGGAGCUCUCUUAUUAACUCUUUUGGUGUAUCUCACACCCUUCCACGCCGCUCUUGAUUCCAAACACUCGGACUGGACCUUUUCUAUGAUGGCCCUUGAUUCCACUACAUACUGGCAAGCUAACAAAUCCGGUGUUGCCUUAAUGUCAGUAGCUGGUUUGGACAUUCUCAAGGAAUCGGGAUUGUUCCAAAUGAUCUCAUACUUCCCCGUCGUGAUUGGUCUGAUCAGCGCUCUUUCAACAUUUUUCUUAGUCACCCUUAAGCCUGGCCCCGUUGUGGAAACCAAAGAUCUUCUAAUAGCCGAAGUUCUGGUAGCUUUCGGUUUCUUUGGAGGUGCGCAAAUUGCGAGAGCUGCGUUUGCUCCAUUCAAGGGAGCUAUGUGUACCAUUUUCGUUAUGAUGGCAAGAGAUCCGGCUGUUUUCCAGGAACAUUAUGGACAGAUUUGGACUCGCUUGGAGGAGCUUCAUUCCGGUGUUGCGGAGGCGUUGUUGAAGUGA